AUGCUGCGUUGGCCAGCACUGACACCAGCGGUGGCAGCGGCAGUGGGAGCAGAAGGGGAUGCAAGCAGUGACACCAGCGGUGGGAGAAGGAGAGAGGUCCGCAAUGACACUACAGCUGACAGCAGCAGUGGCUGGCAGCAGAAGAGAAGACCAGCAGUGACACCAGCGGUGGCAGCAGCAGCAGCAGUGGCAGCAGCAGCUGCAGUGGCAGCAGCAGCAGCGGGGAGCAGCAGUAGCAGCAGCAGCAGUGGAAGGAGACGGCUGGGACCUGCUGGGAGGAGCAUAGAGAGGACACAGCCGCGAGACUUCAAGACGCGUGGAGGAGAGGAGGAGAGGGGGCGUGGAGCAGAGGAGGCGUGGAGGAGAGGAGGCGCUGAGGAGAGGAGGCGCAGAGGAGAGGAGGCGCGGAGGAGAGUAGGCGUGGAGCAGCGGCGCAGAGGAGGAGAGAGAUGCAUCGGAGGAGACGGAGGCGAGGAGGCGGGGAGGAGAGGAGGCGAGGAGCAGAGGAGGAGAGGAGGCGAGGAGGUGAGGAGGAGAGGAGGAGAGGAGGAGAGGAGGAGAGGAGGCGAGGAGGCGAGGAGGAGAGGAGGCGAGGAGCAGCGGAGGGGAGAAGGCACGGAGGGGAGAAGGCACACAGGCACUAGCCAUCUGCGAGUUGUUACUGCCUCCCGCGUGCUGCUGCUGGAGCAGCGGGGACGACUGCUGGGAGAGGAGCAGAGGGGACGACUGGCACCUGCUGGGAGAGGAGCAGAGGGGACGGGGUGCAAUCGGGGCUAUGCGCUCAUCAGCCCUGUGCCUGCCUCUUCCCAUUUCACAGCAGCACAGGAGACGGAGCAGCAGCGGAAAGGCAGAGGAGAUGAUGGAGCGUUGGAGAGACACGGAGCAGAGAGCACAGAGGAGAAGGCACGGAUGGGGAUGAUGGAGGAGAGGAAGGAGAUGGAGGAGGAUCAAAGGAGAAUCAUCUGCCACGCCCGGUGA